GGGAUUGGAAUUUAACUGUAUGUUACAGUUAUUAUGACAUACCGUAGGAUACCGUUAGAAAUGCACUGUAAAUUUACAGCAAUUUGUUACAGUGUAUAUGAGUGGGUAUUAUGAGUGGGUAUAUGAGUGGGUAUGUGAGUGGGUAUAUGAGUGGGUAUUAUGAGUGGAUAUUAUGAGUGGGUAUGCGGCACCCUCUCCUGGUGAAGGGACACGCUUGGAGGGACGUUUAAGCAGAUGUAUAAAAAUGAAACGACUGCAGUUUCUUUAAUUGCGCUAUUUCCUGGAGUUUCAAAGUAAGUUUCCAGGACACAUUUAAGUGUUUAAUUGGUAUAACAUCUGACUUGAUUUGAAUGAAACAAUAAAUUGACAUAAUGUAAAAUAUUUAAGGCAGUGCUCAGCAGAUCAGCUGAAUGUACAAAAAUGGCCUAAUUGUUCAAGGACGCAUACAUGUCAGCAACAACAUGAAUAAAGUUUCAGAUCAUGAACUAAUGUUUUUUUUUAUAGAUUUACUCGGGAUAAACAGAGCAGUUCUUUUAAGGUAGUUUCUCUGAAUAUGAACUCAACACGGCAAACUAAAAAUAACUCAGUCAGACCUUCGUCUCUGUUUCACCUAUUAUUAGCACUCAGCUCCUUCCAGGAAACAUAAUUUAUGAACAAGAAACCUGAAUAAAAAAGUGAUACUCAGUACCACCGUUCCUGUUUGUUCCCCUCAUCAAUAAGCAAAUGGUUUGUUUUUCUUUUUUAAGUUCAACCUUCUGGAAAAAAAACUACUAUAUCAAAAACUAUCGCCUAUCAGUCAAUCAAGGUCAGGAGUGAAGAGCCUUAUUUUCCAUGGGGCAAUAGAAUAGUUUAAAAAAUCUAUAAAUGGAGCAAAGCUUUUGGAAAUGUACACUGGUGAAAGGAAACGAGAGGCAGCAUGUAACUAUUAUGCAAGGUAGCAGAAUAUAAUAGUCAUCGUGAGGUGCAUCACUCAUAGUUGCUAUAAUGUGCUCUUCUUGGCCUGGGGUCAUUAUCAGAGUUGUACUUCAUACUAAUAGUAAUGUUACUCUGACCAACGAGAUAUUCAAAGUACUAAACCAAACAAACGCCAAGUCAAACAAUGAGUAUGCGAUUAGUUUGGAAAGUUCUUACCUUCUUCCUCUUGAUCAGACACACGGGUUUAGUUGAUUCUUUGUCCUCUCUCUUCUGCUUCCUUUGGAGUUUUCAAGCUUAAUCUUUAUUUUUGAAGUUUUCAAAGGUUUGCAGUCCUCUGACACAGUUAAAAUAGUUCAGAUGCUCCACCAGUGCAGCCUGCAGGCAUUCCAGAAGACUCUUAUCCCAGGAAAAGGUAGCCUUUGGGUCAUUUUGGUAAAUGAGUCCACCAGUUCAUUGACCCUCUGUCUAAACAGGCCUGUUGGACUUUCUCCUCCUUCAGUAGCUGCUCACAUGCCAACCUGAACGUUCGUGCUGUUGGGAGCAAAGAGAGCGCGGCCUCGCCAUCGACCAUGCAGCCGGCUUUCUUCUCACUCGUCCUGAUUGCCGUACACGCGUCUCUGUCGGUGGAUUGUGCACCGAGGCUCCGGGGGCCAACGCGCCUGGUGCAACAUCAGCGGAGGAGCUUCCAGACGGGCGCACGUGCCGAUACGUUGGCUGGUACCAGUCCUUUCUAUUGGGAGCCCAGUGGAUCAACGAGAAAAGGCCUUUACAGAAACUCUUUUGUAAUUCUGCCAGUAAGAACAGCUACCAGCAACCUAGUGUCAAUAUUUGAUUUGCGCAGAAAAAGGUUCCUCUGUAUAGACUCAACGGGAGAUCCGUACAGCUAUAGACAAGCGGACGCAGACGAUUGUCUCUUCCAGCCCGUUUGGUUGGACGCGGCGGACCCCCAUGACGUGUUUAACUCCAUAAGCGUGGGCCGGCGGCCGUUUGGGCCGCUGGGGUCAGAGCUGGGAGUCGCUUACCGGCAGCCCCCCAAACUCUCCUCCUCCUCCCUGGUGGAGCGCUUCCUCGGCCCCUCGGUGAAGAGAUGGAGGAGGAGCGAUGCGGUGAACCCCUCCGAUCCAUUAAGGUCACAUUCACACCCCUCGCAUUCUGCCCAGGACCACAAGGAUGUAGACCACCGGCAGCCCGAUCAGGACCAAGCCGGCGCUGUGUCCAAGGAGACCAUCACCUCCUGCGAUGACCCCCUGCGGGUCCUCCAGCCCAACGGGCCGGUCAGCCCUGUCAAGACUAAUAUUGCAGACCGAGCAGAACAGGAAUAAGAGACUGAGCUUUGGUUUAUAAGCAAAAAGUCACUUUAUUAAAUCAUCGCAUGUUCAGAUUGUUUGAAUGGUGGUAUCUUGCUCCGUGAUGUAACACGUUAUGUCACAGCAGUUUGUUCACAUCUGGUCUUUGAAAAAGUUUGGGCCGGCGUCCUGCUGACCUCUUCCGUCAAGUUAAAUUUUAAACCCUCGGGUUGGAUGUGGCAAUGUUUGUUUUGCAAAUGUGAAAAUGUGUAAUCUGCAAGUAAUUGUGAAUUUUUAUACACGCAUUUGUUGGGGCAGUAAAGCUCCACACUUUUACUGUUUACUAACUAAACAAAAAAAGACCAGCACACGCUGAAGAAAAGAAUCUGCCGUUUCCUUAGAUCACACAGUCAUGAACAGAAUCAAAUCACGUCAGGUGCCGGACACCAAUAAUCACAGAGAGGAAAGGGUAUUUAUUUAUUGAAAUGUGUAAAAAGACUUCCUUCUUAGCCUAUAUUAUUAUUUAUACAGUUCAUGUUGUGUUACUUCUUAUGUGAAACAAUAAACGUUAACUACUUGGUG